UCAGAGAGGCUGUGACAUCCUGUGAGGGAUGGGGAGAGAGCGUCCCUAAGCAGGAGGUGCCCCAGGAGGUUACUGCUCUGGUGGUGCGACCCGCUCCUGCAGCUCUAGCGCCUCUCCUGCAGCGGCAGGGGUCCCUGCAGGACAUGGAGCCUACCCAGGCGGGACAGGUUGUGGUGAUUGGCAGCGGACUGAUUGGUCGCAGCUGGGCUAUGGUGUUUGCUGGUGGAGGCUUCAGAGUGAAACUUUACGAUAUUGUGCAACAACAGAUAACAAGCGCUCUGGAAUACAUUAGCAAAGAAAUGAAGGAGCUGGAAAAGUCAGGAAUGCUGAAAGGAACUCUGAAUGCAGAGAAGCAAUUCUCUCUCAUUAGUGGCUGUACGGAGUUAAAGACAGCAGUAGAUGGUGCUAUGUUCAUUCAGGAAUGCACGCCAGAGAAACUAGAAUUAAAAAAGAAGAUUUUUGGUCAGUUAGAUCUUAUUGUCAGUAAUGAUGUUAUCCUAAGCAGCUCAACUUCCACGCUUUUGCCUACUAAGUUGUUCACUGGCCUUAAACAUGUGAAGCAGUGUAUUGUGGCACAUCCUGUAAAUCCGCCCUAUUAUGUGCCACUGGUUGAACUGGUUCCCCAUCCAGAAACAGAGCCUUCUACAGUGGAUAAGACCCAUGCCCUGAUGAAGAAGAUUGGACAGUCACCCGUCAAAUUAACCAAAGAGAUAGAUGGGUUUGUUCUGAACCGUCUUCAGUAUGCAGUUAUUAGUGAGGCAUGGAGGCUCGUGGGGGAAGGAGUAAUAUCUCCUGCUGAUCUAGACCUUGUGAUGUCUGAUGGAUUGGGAAUGCGGUAUGCAUUUAUAGGGCCGCUUGAAACGAUGCAUCUCAAUGCAGAAGGAAUGAAAAAUUAUUGUGAGAGAUACCGUGAAGGAAUGAUACAUGUUCUGAAAACCUUUGGGCCAGUACCAGAUUUUUCAGGUGAAAUUGAGCAGCAAAUCAGCCAGGCCAUGAGUGAAAAAACUCCAGCUGAUCCAGAACAUCUAAAUGCCAGGAGAGCAUGGAGAGAUGAAUGUCUUACGGGUCUUGCCAAGUUGAAAAAACAAAUGAAAUCCAACUGAGUUGCAUCCUCUGUAAUACACAAGGGCAAAUUAUCGGCAUAUCUCCACAAAAGUGGGUGCUUCCAUUUCCACAGGCAAAAAUCUGUAUUUGCAGAACAGGUGACUCAAUAUGCAAGCAAUGAUUUUUGCCCAUGUGCGAAUGCAGAGGGUGAUUCAAAAUGUAAUUCAAUUGUCAUUACAUUAUUAAUUAGUGACAGGAACUGCGUAAGAAACUAAUGCAUGAAAAACUUUUUAUAUGAUUAUUCUAAGUGCUUUAAUACUAGCUUAUGCAGAUUUGUUGUAGCCCUGUCAGUCCCAGGAUAUUAGCGAGACAAGGUGAGUGAGUGAUAUAAUAUCUUUUAUUGGACCAACUUCUGUUGGUGAGAGAGACCUGAAGAAGAGCUCUGUGUAAGCGCAAAAAACUUCUCUCUCACCAACAGAAGUUAGUCCCAAUAAAAGAUAUUACCUCAUAUAGCUUGUUUCUUUAAUACUAGCUAGCAUCAAUAGUAUUAAUACUGUAUAUAGACAGGCACACAAUAGUUUUUAAAAUUAUACAUUUUAUAAUCUUGCUUGGAGAUAUGUAGCCUCAGCAGCGCUUGCAUUUGCUGGGGUCCAGGAACAGGCAAACAUCAGCUAUUUGUCAUUAUGGGACAAAUUCUGCUCUCCAGAACCUUCUGUGGGCAUGGUGAGCUCUGACUAAUUUGACUGCAUUGGGGUGAGAGGAGAAUUUGUGGAAUGCACUCCUCCUAGGGAGACUAGGGGAGGGGUCCACUGGCCAUUCUCCCCACAGAGUAGGAGCACAAUAGCUUCAGGGUUGCUGCAACCCAGCUCUGUAGCUGUCCCACAAUUUUGGUGAGAGAAUUACUUUUUCCUUCCCUCCCCCCCACCCUUAGGCACUUAGAUACCAUGGUGAUAGACAAGGCAUAAGUAUAAGUACCUGAAUAGAAUAGAGCAGAAUCCCUCCUUGCCCCCCAGCCCCUAUAGAAUUCAUCAGAGCCUCACCCAGUUUUUCAGGCUAUGCGCUUGACAGCCCAUGACUUUGUCCUGACCAAAGUGAGCAGUUUGAUGUCACUGGUGGUUUAUUGCUACUCAAAAUAAGUGUGUCCGAUUUAGGCCUUCUCUAAAAGAGCUAAAAAGGUGGUUAGUUAUUUUUAAAUUGAGUUAGCUAACUUAAGAGGCAGUAGGGUAUAGUGGACAGGGCCUUGAUCUGAGACCUGGGUUCUCUUCCCAACUGUGCCACUGACAUGCUGUGUGACCUUGGGCAAGUCACAUCUCCUCUCUGUGCCUCUGUGUCUUCUCUCACCCAUUGUCUGUUUAGAUGGUUCAUUCUUUGGGGCAGGGACUGUCUCUUGUUAUGGGUCUAUAUAGUGCCUGGCAUGGUAGGGCCCUGAUCUUGAUUUGAACCUUUGGGCACCAGUGUAAUAUAAAUAAUAGAAAAGAAUGAUUUGAACUUAAUGUAGCCACUGCUUAACAUCUUUCAGAUUCCAAUAGCUGGUCAUAUUGUAACCUAGGUUACCACAUAAUGUAUAAGGUGUGAAGCAGUGGCUAUGCUACGUGGUGCUUCAAAUCCUGUUAGCGAAUAUAAUUUUAAAAGCACCUUUCUCUCUAUUCUAGACAAGGUCAUAGAAGGUUUUAAUAAUUCUUUUUAAACAUAAGAUUAGUUCCUUUUUGCUAUGUGCAUGUCCACAGUAACAGUCUCAUUAUGACUUAGCUGGUUAGUUGCUCUGCGUUAGCUUGUUUGAUAUCUUUGAAAAUAUAUCAAAAAUAUCUGCCUCCAUUUCUGUUCUUUGCUCAUGAAUAAAAGGUUGUAAUGAAAUAUACUGA